CAGCGUCAGAGGAGGAGCUUCAUCGCUGUUAUUAUUCUCAUCAGUUAUUGGUGCUAAGGAUUGAAGAAUCUACCAGUGCGCACUUUUUACGCGCAUUGAAGUCUUUCACUGAGGGAGUUUUCUUUAGAAAAAAAAAUAAAAAUCUAAAUAUUGUCUAAUUAACUUGCUGAGGAGAAGAGAACAGAGGCCAUGGAUGUGGUGUGUCUGAUGUGUUUGGCGCUGACCGUCGGUGCGUGGUUUGCCUCCGCGGAGCGACACAGCGUCUAUUGGAACAGCUCAAACCCAAAUUUCCUGUGGGAUGACUACACGGUGGAGGUGCACAUCAAUGACUACCUGGACAUCAUCUGCCCCCACUACACCCACGAGGAGGUGCCUUCCCAUUCGGCAGAGCGCUACGUGCUGUACAUGGUGGAGAAGGAGGACUAUGACGUUUGCAAGCCUCACUCGUUCGAUCAGCUCCGCUGGGAGUGCUCAAGGCCCUUUGCUCCCCACGCUCCGGAAAAGUUCUCGGAGAAGUUUCAGCGCUUCACGCCCUUCACACUGGGAAAAGAGUUCAGGACGGGGGAGAGCUAUUACUAUAUCUCCAAGCCAAUGCAUCACCACGGCAGCGACUGUCUGAGGCUGAGAGUCGAUGUCGUCGGGCAUAAAGGCUCCGGGAAGUCUCAUUGGGUCAAAUCUAAGGCAGAGGAGAGGGAAAAGGAGGAGGAAAAAAUUACGUUUAUUGCUGCAGGAGGAGUUCACAACCCCUCCAAUCGGCUCCCAGCAGAUGACCCCGCUGUCAUGGAGCCAAACGUCCAGAGGAGUAUCGGCAGCUCUGCAGCACAGCUGGUGUCUUUGUCAUUCUUUUUUACCAUCAUCCCAGUCUUAUUAGCCAUGACGAUGCUCUGAGGCCUACCAGUACUCCAAAAACAGAGACUUUUUGAACCUGAUGCAGGCUGUCGGGACACUUGAUAUUUUUAUAUAUAUAAAUAUGAGUUUUUUUAUAUGAGCUUGGACAGUGUGUGAUGUUCAGUGUGUGUUUGAUGUGGUUGUUCGUGUGAAUGUGGAGCGUGGAUCGCUCCAAAGAAGAAAGGGACCUGGAACAUGUUUUUUUUUUAUUUUUUUUAUCUUUACCUCCUUUCUUCAAUUUUGAGGAUGAAAAUUCUCAAUUUUGACUAUUUAAGAUGCACACACUUUUCAGUCAUCAUGAACAAAAGCUACAAACCGAAUGAUCAAAAUAUGAGUUUAAAAUUGCAUUAACCUUUGUGAUCAUAUGUUUUCAGAUGUUCAUAUCAUUGGUACAGCUGUGCAUUAUUUCAGCCUGCUCUCAGUCAUUUGUUCCUCCUCUACAUGUAGAGAAAUUAUUUUUUGUUUGUGUUGUUGUCAGCAGCUGCCAAAAUGGUAACAAUAAUGUAGGAUAUGUGUAAUGUUGUGUAGCACUCAGCUCCUUGUUCAGCCUCAUGCAGCUAAAUAUCCCACAUGUUUUCAUGUUUAUCAGAUGAAAUGUUUGGGAACUAUUUGUGUAAAGCCGGGGUCAGCAACCUGUGCAAUCCAAAGAGCAAUUAGUGCACUAACAUUUCCCCUAAAAGUUUUAUAUUCCUUCAAAGAACAGUUUGCUUAUCAGGUUUUUAAAAUUACUACUACAUUAAAUAGUUUAAUGAUUAACAAACAGGAAUUCAUUUCUAAAUCUGUAAAUUUUGUAUUGAAUCUAAUAUUUAACACUUGAAGAAAAAGGAGUUAACAUGGAGUUUGUGGCUUAAUGACAAAAAUGAAAUGAAGGGGUUUUUGUACUUUCGAUGCCAUUCUGUUAGGCUCCAUGAACUCUCGGUCAAUUCGCCCCUAUGCCAGUUCGUACCACCAUUUUGAUCCUUCCUACUUCCAUUUUGCACAUUUGUACCUAAAUCCAGGUGUAUGAGGAUUUUUUUUUUUUCAUUGUAAAAUAUUUUCAUAAAUUAUGGAGAUAAAUCUCUGUUUGGGUGAUUGACUAUUAUAAAAUACAGGAGUUUAUGCUCACUGAACAAAAAGAUAAAUUUAAGCCAGGUAUUGUUUACUGGAGUCAUAAAACCACAUUUCUUUACUGUACACUAUGAGUAGAUUAAAAAAAAAAAUUGCAAAGGUACUAAUGGCGAAGGGAAUGAUCCUUUAUGCAGAUGAUACAUGGAAAUAAACAGAAAACCUGUUAGAAAUUAGCCUUAAGCCUUCAUAUUUAAAAACACUGUUUAGUUCUAUGUCAGGUUUGGCCAAAGAUAUUAAGAGACACUUUGAAGAGCCUAAAGAGCCAAAAACAGCUCCAGAGCCACAGAUUGCAGACUACUGGUCUAAAUCCAUCAAAAAAUCUGGAUUUUUCAAAUGGCUUUUUUCCAAACUCCUCAUGUGUCAAUAUAUUUUCUCAUCACUAAUGAAUGGAACAAAAAUAAUUAGAAGAGCUGUUUGACUCUGGUUUCAGGAGCUGAGCUUCAUUAGUAUUUAUCCAGUCAUGACCUUCCCUGGUACACUGGUUAAUGUUUUCAUCCUGCUAAUCAAACCUCAAAGUGAUGGGGCUUCCCAGAACCUGGUUGUUUUCCUGUUUAAAACUUGCUUGACUCAUUUGUGUUGAUGUUUAUAAAUGUAAAUUUGUACAAAAGGAAAGUUAUGAAAAACUGUUUUAAGAUGUGAAAAUCUUUCGUGAAAUAAAAACAAAAACAUGCUAUGAUGCCUAAAA